AUGUAUCCCGUCAACGAACGCGACGAUGAAGUAUUUGAUGAUCAUGAUAACGCUUAUUGUAAUAAUAAAUUAGAAUAUCCUGAGCAUGGUACUCAAGAAUCUUUCCUCUCGUCAACAUCGCGUCAGUUUUACCAGGCAAUUACAUAUCAUAAUAUUGGAUUAGUUUACUACCACAAAGGUGAAUACGAUAAAGCUUUGGAAUAUUAUGAAAAAGGGCUAGAAAUUGAACUGAAAUCAUUGUCGGAUAAUCGUGCAUCACUAGCUACUAACUACGGAGCCAUUGGAAACCUUUACCAUGAGAAAGGUGAAUACGAUAAAGCUUUAGAAUACCAUGAAAAAUGUCUGAAAAUUGAACUGAAAUUAUUGCCACGAGAUGAUCACUCUUUAGCUGUUGCAUAUGGAUAUAUCGGAGAAGCUUACAAGGAGAAAGGUCAAUACGAUAAAGCUUUGGAAUCUCAUGAAGAGAGCCUGAAAAUCGUACUGGAAUCAUUGCCACAGUAUCAUCCAUCGUUAGCCACUGCAUAUAGGAAUAUUGGAGAGGUUUACUAUAUGAAAGGUGAGUACGAUACGGCUAUGCAGUAUUAUGAAAAAGGACUCCAAAUCGAACUGAAAUCAUUACCAGGUGACCAUCCAUUAAUAGCUACUGCAUAUGGGAAUAUUGGAUCCAUUUACAAGGACAAAGCUCAACACGAUAAAGCUUUGGAAUGUCAUGAAAAAAGUCUGAAAAUCAUGCUGAAAUCACUGCCUCCGCAUCAUCCAUCAUUAGCUACUACAUACUGGAAUAUUGGAGAGGUUUACCUGGAGAAAGGUGAAUAUGAUAAGGCUUUGGAAUAUUAUGAAAAAGGACUUGAAAUUGAACUGCGAUCAUUGCCAGAUGAUCAUCGAUCACUAACUGCCACAUACGGACGUAUUGGAAAAGUUUAUCAAGAUAAAGGGAAAUACGAUAAGGCUUUGGAAUAUUAUGAAAAAGGACUGGAAAUUGAACUAAAGAGGUUCCCAUCGCAUUACAAGACAUUAGCAACUACAUAUGGAAAUAUUGGAGCAGUUUAUCAGGACAAAUGUGAAUAUGAUAAGGCACUGGAGUAUCACGAAAAAGAAUUGAAAAUCAUACUAGAAUUAUUGCCUCAGUAUCAUCCAUCAAUAGCUACUGCAUAUGGGAAUAUUGGAGCAGUUUACCACAACAAAGAUGAAUACGAUAUGGCUUUGGAAUACUAUGAAAUAGGACUUGAAAUUAGACUGAAAUCAUUGGCAGGUGACCAUCCAUCAAUAGCUAAUUCAUAUGGGAAUAUUGGAGCAGUUUACCACAGCAAAGAUGAAUACGAUAAGGCUCUGGAAUACUAUGAAAAAGGACUUGAAAUUGGACUGAGAUCAUUACCAGGUGACCAUCCAUCAAUAGCUACUGCGUAUGGGAAUAUUGGAGCAGUUUACCACAACAAAAAUGAAUAUGAUAAGGCUUUGGAAUAUUGUAAAAAAGGACUUCAGAUUGAACUGAAAUCAUUGCCAGAUGAUCAUCCGUCACUAACUGUCACAUAUUGGAAUAUUGGAAAAAUUUAUCAUGAUAGUGGGAAAUACGAUAACGCCUUGGAAUAUUAUGAGAAAGGGGUAGAAAUUGAACUGAAGCGGUGGCCAUCACAUCAUCCAUCACUAGCAACUACAUGCUGUCUUGUUGGGUUACUUUAUGGAGAAAUUGGUGAAUAUGAUAAAGCAUUAAAAUAUUAUGGACUAGUACUCAGGAUUAUGUUGAAGUCACCAUCAGAAAAUGAUCCACCCGUAGUAGAUAUAUAUUAUUAUAUUGCAGUAAUUUGCUAUAAGAAGUUAUUGUGCCAAGAACAUAGAUGA